AACAGUCAUUACCAACCGUAUUCUCUUAAUCCCACUAUAAAUUCAGACAGGAUGUUGAUAGAUGCACAACUACUUCCUCAUCCUACCACCUGCCAUAUUAGACACCCGCAAUGCGUGGAACCGACAAUUUGAGAGAGUAUCUGCAGGAGGCAAUACUCCCCAAAAUGAUGCACAAUCCAAACUCCCCACCAAUGCCCUUACCAGGUCACAAAAGCCACCUAAAUAACCUCAAAGUGCGACCGGAAAGCUGGAGACGGUUGGAGAGCAUGUACCUUCUACAAGAGGAAUGUCAAUUUGCGACGGCGGUUUCAACUUGGGCAGAAUCUAAGAUUCCCCGGAGACCCCUGGAAGAAGACGAUGAAGAUCCCGUAUCUGGAGUCUCCCUCACAGUACCGUGUCCCAAUGCAUCCCGCUACGAAAUUCCAUUAUACAAAGAGACGCGACCCGACAAUAUUGCACGACUAUUCAAAUGGAUCGAUACUUAUCCUCUUACCACCGUGGAACGCACGAUGCACCUCUUACAUCCCGAACUGAAAAAAUGGCGGUUCUCCCUCCCAGACGACUAUCACUCCCCUGGUGAUAUCAACAUAUUCCAGCAUUUCAUGUGGAAACUAUCUGAAGAAGGGAUAGGGAGACUUAAUCCCGCCGGGUUAAGAGUCGUUCAACGAAAGCAAGUGGUUAUAGCAUUUCAGCCCCCUUGGGUGCUUUCGCCACAGGAUAUGAAAGCAUUCGUGAGGUGCCGCUCGUACCCCACAUAUCGAGCUCCAGGACACGCAUACCCCACCGAACUUCAGAGCGAAGAGAGACUUUGGGGAAGGCUCUGGGAUCUUUGUGUCCACAGAAACACACCAUGGUUCGUCCUGACGUCUUACCACCAAUGGGUUUUCGGAAGGUUCUCAGAUCGUUGGACUGCUGCCCAUAUCACGGAUAUCUAUGAAUGGAACGCUUCAUCACCUACCAUCAUUGAAUGUUUGGCGUUCUGGACCGCAAAUGCAAUGGAUCUCACCAACUUUGCAUUGCCGCAGGUGUGUGAAAGCGAUAGUAAAUCAAUGGCAUGCCAGACUAUAUGCACGGUGUACGAUGCGAUGGUGCAAGGCAACCGGGCUGCCAUUGCUCUUUAUCAUCUAUGAUUGCAACAUGGAGUGCUCAAUUCGGUGUUUGAAUCGUGUAGGUACCUGAACCGAUUCAUCUACCGCCACUUCCGGACGCUAUACAUCCCGCUGACGUCGAAGAUCCAGCUGUUUCGGAGUCCUCUUGGACUGGAAAGAACUCUGAAGCUCCAUCGUCCGCUCAGCUGCGAGCAGUCUCUCCUGAACUAUCGCAAGAUGGUCUGGAGUGGGACGACCUCGUUGCUCCUGCUCAAAAUUAUCGGGUGUCCCAAGAAUUUAUGCAAGGUUGGAUGAGCGGCGUUCGUGUUCCAUACGGCGAUCCGAAUGCAUCUCAAGUGACCUGGGUUUCACGUUGGGAGAAGAACAGACUUGCUUUUGAUCAUGCUCAUGUGGGCGGAGAGUGGUUGUUUUCUACUGGAUGUACCGGUGUGGCUGUUUAGCCGUCUUGCAUCCCUAUGUAAAGUCAAUCGAAAUGUCACGGUCAACUCUGGAACUUAGACGCUCGGUAUUAUAAUCAUGUAAUCGUGGUUGAAAACGUUGAGGCCGCGCGAUGCCUCGUGGUAAAC